AUGAUGCGCGUUAGAUUGCUGAAGAUGCGGAUCCUUGGCAUCAACAAACAUUUGGAAGCACCUAUCACACCGGGAAUGGCCAUUGAUAGGAGUAUCAAUUGCCCUGGCAUAGCGAUUACCGGAUGUCAGAAUCGGUCAGUGUGUGCGAAGCAAAUUGGUAAGAUGGGAGAAAUUACCGCGAGGGCGCGGGAAGCGAAACCCAGCUGGGCAUACCAACGAGACUGGAACACAUCAGGACAGUCCUAUGACAGAGAACUUUUAUUGUCUAUUACCAACUAUGUGCUGGGCGAAGAUUCUUGA